UACUCGUUUUGAUAUGCUGAAUACGAAUAUGAUUUUUAUUCUUAAUGGAAAUAACAAGCUGUCGAAAUAUUCGCAUACAACUUUACACAGAAUUUUACCCAAUAAUUUAAUACUUUCUGUCUCCACGGCGGAAGAUCUCGCAAGACACUUGUGGAUGUAUGAAAGAAUGAGAGAAAGAGAGAGAGUAGAGGGAGAGACGUUAAAAUUGCUCAACGGACUAGGGGUGAGAAAAGGACUGGAAGAGAAGAUUGAAGAGAUGUUACAGGAUAGUCCAAUCCACGAAGCAUGUGAAUAUGGUAGAAUUUACGGGAAGGAAAUCUCCAUAUAGAAGAUGCUUGGAUACUGAGCUGAUGGUUGCACGUUGUAUUUUUAUGUACUUAAGGAUGUAUAAUUAUAUAAGGUUAUUAGUACUAAUAAGAUUAAGUCUAU